CGGAGCAGCAGUCGUGGGUCGGUGUCUGCGCGCUGGUGUCUGAGGCCCAGGUUGAGGCCUCCGAGGCUGCCGGAGCGCAGGCGGUAGAGAGGAUGACUGCCGCUGCCGUUCUCUCCUGAGAUAGAGAGCCGCCACCACCCUGCCCCCUCCCCCGGCAGGGCGGAGAGAAGCGGCGGAGUCUGAGCCAUGGUGCCCGGCGAGGAGAACCAACUGGUCCCGAAAGAGGAUGUGUUUUGGAGAUGCAGACAAAAUAUCUUUGAUGAAAUGAAGAAGAAAUUUUUACAGAUAGAAAAUGCUGCUGAAGAACCUAGAGUUUUAUGUAUAAUACAGGAUACUACUAAUUCAAAGACAGUGAAUGAACGGAUCACUUUAAAUUUACCAGCUUCUACUCCACUCAGGAAGCUCUUUGAAGAUGUGGCCAACAAAGUAGGCUACAUAAAUGGAACCUUUGAUUUAGUGUGGGGAAAUGGAAUCAAUACUGCUGAUAUGGCUCCACUGGACCAUACCAGUGACAAGUCACUUCUUGAUGCUAAUUUUGAGCCAGGAAAGAAGAACUUUCUGCAUUUGACAGAUAAAGAUGGUGAACAGCCUCAAAUACUGCUGGAGGAUUCCAGUGCCGGGGAUGAUAGUGUCCAUGACCGAUUUAUAGGUCCACUUCCAAGAGAAGGUUCUGUGGGCUCUACCAGUGAUUAUGUCAGCCAGAACUACUCCUAUUCAUCUAUUUUGAAUAAAUCAGAAACAGGAUAUGUGGGAUUAGUAAACCAAGCAAUGACUUGCUAUUUGAAUAGCCUUUUGCAGACACUUUUUAUGACUCCUGAAUUUAGGAAUGCAUUAUAUAAGUGGGAAUUUGAAGAAUCUGAAGAAGAUCCAGUGACAAGUAUCCCAUACCAACUUCAAAGGCUUUUUGUUUUGUUACAAACCAGCAAAAAGAGAGCAAUUGAAACCACAGAUGUUACAAGGAGCUUUGGAUGGGAUAGUAGUGAGGCUUGGCAGCAGCAUGAUGUACAAGAACUGUGCAGAGUCAUGUUUGAUGCGUUGGAACAGAAAUGGAAACAAACAGAGCAGGCUGAUCUUAUAAACGAACUAUAUCAAGGCAAGCUGAAGGACUACGUGAGGUGUCUGGAAUGUGGUUAUGAGGGCUGGAGAAUCGACACGUAUCUUGAUAUUCCACUGGUCAUCCGGCCUUAUGGGUCCAGUCAAGCAUUUGCUAGUGUGGAAGAAGCAUUGCAUGCAUUUAUUCAGCCAGAGAUCCUGGAUGGCCCAAAUCAAUAUUUUUGUGAACGUUGUAAGAAGAAAUGUGAUGCACGAAAGGGUCUUCGGUUUUUGCAUUUCCCUUAUCUGCUGACCUUACAGUUGAAAAGGUUUGAUUUUGAUUAUACAACAAUGCACAGGAUUAAAUUGAAUGACCGGAUGACAUUUCCUGAAGAGCUAGAUAUGAGUACAUUUAUUGAUGUUGAAGAUGAGAAAUCCCCUCAGACUGAAAGUUGCACUGACAGCGGGGCAGAAAAUGAAGGCAGUUGUCACAGUGAUCAGAUGAGCAAUGAUUUCUCGAAUGAUGAUGGUGUUGAUGAAGGGAUCUGCCUUGAAAGUAAUAGUGGAACUGAAAAGAUUUCAAAACCUGGACUUGAGAAGAAUUCCUUGAUCUAUGAGCUCUUCUCCGUUAUGGUUCAUUCAGGGAGUGCUGCUGGUGGCCAUUACUAUGCUUGUAUAAAGUCAUUCAGUGAUGAACAGUGGUACAGCUUCAAUGAUCAACAUGUCAGCAGGAUAACCCAAGAGGACAUUAAGAAAACACAUGGUGGAUCUUCAGGAAGCAGAGGAUAUUACUCAAGUGCUUUUGCAAGCUCCACAAAUGCAUAUAUGCUGAUAUAUAGACUGAAGGAUCCAGGACGAAAUGCAAAAUUUCUAGAAGUAGAUGAAUAUCCAGAACAUAUUAAAAACUUGGUACAGAGAGAAAGAGAAUUGGAAGAACAAGAAAAAAGGCAACGAGAAAUUGAGCGCAACACAUGCAAGAUAAAAUUAUUCUGUUUGCAUCCUGUGAAACAAGUAAUGAUGGAAAAUAAAUUGGAGGUUCAUAAGGAUAAGACAUUAAAGGAAGCAGUAGAAAUGGCUUAUAAGAUGAUGGAUUUAGAAGAAGUCAUACCCAUGGAUUGCUGUCGCCUUGUUAAAUACGACGAGUUUCAUGAUUAUCUUGAACGAUCGUAUGAAGGAGAAGAAGAUACACCAAUGGGACUUCUACUAGGAGGAGUCAAGUCAACAUAUAUGUUUGAUCUGCUGUUGGAGACGAGAAAGCCUGAUCAAGUUUUCCAGUCUUAUAAACCUGGAGAAGUGAUGGUGAAAGUUCACGUUGUUGAUCUUAAGGCAGAAUCUGUAGCUGCUCCUGUCACAGUUCGUGCUUACUUAAAUCAAACAGUCACAGAGUUCAAACAACUUAUUUCAAAGGCCAUCCACUUACCUGCUGAAACAAUGCGGAUAGUGCUGGAACGCUGCUACAAUGACCUCCGCCUUCUCACUGUGCCCAGUAAGACCCUGAAAGCUGAAGGGUUUUUUAGAAGUAACAAGGUGUUUGUUGAAAGUUCUGAGACUUUGGAUUACCAGAUGGCCUUUACAGACUCUCAUUUGUGGAAACUCCUGGAUCGUCAUGCAAAUACGAUCAGAUUAUUUGUUUUGUUACCUGAACAGUCCCCAGGAUCUUAUUCCAAAAGGACAGCAGGCCAGAAAGCUGGGGGUGAUUCUGGUAAUGUGGAUGAUGACUGUGAAAGAGUUAAAGGACCUGUGGGGAGCCUGAAGUCUGUGGAAGCUAUUCUAGAAGAAAGCACUGAAAAACUCAAAAGCUUGUCACUACAGCAGCAGCAAGAUGGAGAUAAUGGGGACAGCAGCAAAAGUACUGAGACAAGUGACUUUGAAAACAUAGAAUCGCCUCUCAAUGAGAGGGACUCUUCAGCAUCAGUGGACAAUAGAGAACUUGAACAGCACAUUCAGACUUCUGAUCCUGAAAAUUUUCAGUCUGAAGAACGGUCAGACUCAGAUGUGAAUAAUGACAGGAGUACAAGUUCAGUGGACAGUGACAUUCUUAGCUCCAGUCAUAGCAGUGACACUUUGUGCAAUGCAGAUAAUGCUCAGAUUCCUUUGGCUAAUGGACUUGACUCUCAUAGCAUCACGAGUAGUAGAAGAACUAAAGCAAAUGAAGGGAAAAAAGAGACAUGGGAUACAGCAGAAGAAGACUCUGGAACUGAUAGUGAAUACGAUGAGAGUGGCAAGAGCAGGGGAGAAAUACAGUACAUGUAUUUCAAAGCAGAACCCUAUGCUGCAGACGAAGGUUCUGGGGAAGGACAUAAAUGGUUGAUGGUGCAUGUUGAUAAAAGAAUUACUCUGGCCGCUUUCAAACAACAUUUAGAGCCCUUUGUUGGAGUUUUGUCCUCUCACUUCAAGGUCUUUCGAGUGUAUGCCAGCAAUCAAGAGUUUGAGAGCGUCCGACUGAAUGAGACACUUUCAUCAUUUUCAGAUGACAAUAAGAUUACAAUUAGACUGGGGAGAGCACUUAAAAAAGGAGAAUACAGAGUUAAAGUGUACCAGCUUCUGGUCAAUGAACAAGAGCCAUGCAAGUUUCUGCUAGAUGCUGUGUUUGCUAAAGGAAUGACUGUACGGCAAUCAAAAGAGGAAUUAAUUCCUCAACUCAGGGAGCAGUGUGGUUUAGAGCUCAGUAUUGACAGAUUUCGUCUAAGGAAAAAAACAUGGAAGAAUCCUGGCACUGUCUUUUUGGAUUAUCAUAUUUAUGAAGAAGAUAUUAAUAUCUCCAGCAACUGGGAGGUUUUCCUUGAAGUUCUUGAUGGGGUGGAGAAGAUGAAAUCCAUGUCCCAGCUUGCAGUUCUGUCAAGAAGGUGGAGACCUUCAGAGAUGAAGCUGGAUGCCUUCCAGGAGGUUGUGUUGGAAAGCAGUAGUGUUGAUGAGCUGCGAGAGAAGCUUUCUGAAAUCAGUGGAAUUCCUUUGGAAGAUAUUGAAUUUGCCAAGGGUAGAGGAACUUUUCCCUGUGAUAUUUCUGUCCUUGAUAUUCAUCAGGAUUUGGACUGGAAUCCUAAAGUGUCUACGCUGAAUGUCUGGCCUCUCUAUAUCUGUGAUGAUGGUGCAGUCAUAUUUUAUAGGGAUAAGACAGAAGAAUUAAUGGAGUUAACAGAUGAGCAAAGAAAUGAACUGAUGAAAAAAGAAAGCAGUCGACUCCAGAAAACGGGACAUCGUGUAACGUACUCACCUCGGAAAGAGAAAGCACUAAAAAUAUAUCUGGAUGGAGCACCAAAUAAAGAUCUGACUCAAGACUGACUCUGCUAGUGUAGCAUUUUCCCUGGGGGAUUUUUGGUUUUAAUUAGAUGGUUCACUGCUACUGUGUAGUGCCAUUAUGGCCGGACAUGGUUAGGGGUAACCCAGUGACACCAGCACUGAUUGGACAGCCCUUCACCAAUCAGAAGCUCAGGGCCCGAUGGGCCACUGUUUUGACUUGGAAUCAUGUUGUGCACUAUAGUCAAAUGUACUGUAAAGUGAAAAGGGAUGUGCAAAAAAAUAAAAACAAAACAAAAAAAGCAAAACCUGCUACUAGGAAAGGGGGAAGGGGAAUGAGUACUUCUUUUAUCGCGGACAAAUGUGCACAUAGCCGCUAGUAAAACUAGCCUUGGACAGGAUGCUCAUAGCUUCAUAAUAAAAGCUGUGCAAAGGCCAUGAA